CGGAAAUGUUGCAUUUCUCAUUUCUUGCUGAUAGUCACAUGAAACUGCAAUUACUUAUCCUGCAAUCUUUGGACAUCUAUGGAAAAUGGGGAACUGCGCAUUCCUACGGUGAGAAAAGGGUUAGGUCAAGUUACCUGUCUUUAGCUUCUUUACCUUUAUAAAUGUGCUUCCCCUACUGUAGAUCCAAUUCACAAGAUACACAAAGCAGUUUCUCCAUUACAACUUCUCUUCUUCUUCUUCCCACUCUGAGAGAGCAAAGCUAAGAGAGGAUGGGGAACCUGUCUUGCUGUGUGAAAGUGGACCAGUCCACAGUUGCCAUGAAGGAAAGGUUUGGCAAGUUUGAGGAUGUUCUUGAGCCUGGCUGCCAUUGCAUGCCAUGGUUCCUCGGAAGCAGUGUGGCCGGCAGUCUCUCCCUUCGCCUGCAGCAGCUUGAUGUUCGCUGUGAAACCAAGACUAAGGACAACGUGUUUGUGAACGUUGUGGCUUCAGUUCAGUACAGGGCCCUGGCCAACAAAGCAAACGAUGCUUUCUACAAGCUGACCAACACCAGGUCCCAAAUUCAGGCUUACGUUUUCGACGUGAUCAGGGCCAGUGUCCCCAAACUGAACCUGGAUGCAGCUUUCGAGCAGAAGAACGAGAUAGCAAAGGCAGUUGAAGACGAGCUGGAGAAGGCCAUGUCUGCGUACGGGUAUGAGAUCGUUCAGACGCUGAUCGUUGAUAUCGAGCCCGACGAGCGAGUGAAGAGGGCCAUGAACGAGAUCAAUGCUGCUGCGAGAUUGAGGCUGGCGGCGAACGAGAAAGCAGAGGCGGAGAAGAUCGUGCAGAUCAAGCGAGCAGAGGGAGAUGCAGAGUCCAAGUUCCUGUCCGGCCUGGGUAUCGCGCGCCAGCGCCAGGCGAUCGUCGACGGUCUGAGGGACAGCGUGCUGGGCUUCUCCGGCAACGUCCCGGGGACAUCGGCCAAGGAUGUGCUGGACAUGGUCCUCAUAACCCAGUACUUCGACACCAUGAAGGAGAUCGGAGCUGCCAGCAAGUCUACCGCCGUGUUCAUUCCUCAUGGCCCCGGUGCUGUCAACGACAUCGCUGCCCAGGUUCGAGAUGGUCUCCUUCAGGCAAACCCUCCUCAGUGAAAACCCCUUAAGCAUCUGCCCGUCUAUCUAUUAUUUGUUUAAGCUCUUGCAUUGCAUCUAUGGCGGUAACCGUGUGGAAGAAAGCUUCGAACUUGAUUUCCAUAAUAUAGCAGUGUGAUAAGA